AUACUGAUCACUGAAAUAUACUGUGUUCCAGGCACCAGUGGAGUGAAUGAUGCUCAUGUGUUCAUCAGUUCUGGUGAAAAUGUCCGUCUGUCCUGUAAUAAUGAUCUUUCUGACUGUAAAUCAACUACAUGGAUCUACAGUAACAGAUAUUCAGCAACGGUUGCACUGAUUGAAUUAGGGAUAAAGAAUAAAGACACAGAGAGACAUGAGAGACUGAGUCUGGGGUCUGACUGCUCUCUGAACAUCAAGAACAUCACAGAAGAAGAUUAUGGAUCUUACACCUGCAGACAAUUUGUGAAUGGAGGAAAACAAGGAACUGAUGCACGUGUUUAUCUGCAUGUUCUUCAUGUUUCAUCAUCAUCAUCAUCCUCAUCAUCAUCAUCAUCAUCAUCAUCAUCAUCAUCAUCCUCACAGACUGAGAUCAGUCCAGGACGCUCUGUGACUCUCUCCUGUCAGUUGUAUUCAGAUAAUGACAUAACUUGUAAUGAAUUGGUUCGUUCUGGGGGUCUUCAGCUGUUGUGGGUGAAUCAGGCUGGUGUUGAUCUGAAGACAGACUCCAGAUAUCAGAUAUUAUUCUCAUCAGAUCACUGUAUCAUCACUCUGACUACAACACUCCUGAAUGAAGAUGACAACAGAGAGUGGAGAUGUCAGCUUACUCUCAGAAAUCAACUCCAGACCUCAGUCAGAUACACUGUCAAGUAUUCAGUCAGCAGCUCAAACUCUGAGAAGAAAUCAAGCCAAACUACAGCAGCAGCUCCUACACAAGAGAAUCAGAAGAUCCCAACCUCUCUAGUGAUUGUGAUUGUUGUCGCUUCAUUCGCUGUUCUCCUUCCUGCUCUUAUUCUCUGGAUGAUUCGCAGAAAAAGAGACGAUAACAGAAGAGGAACUGAUGACUCUGAGGAUCAUCAAACACGACCUGUCUAUCCAACAGGACAUAACACUCUUCCUCAACAGGAGCAGACAGAUGAUCAUGUGACUUAUGCUGAGGUCACUGCGUACAGUAAAAACCAAGAGCAAAAGAAGAAGGUUCGCUGUGAUGAUAAAGUGACUUAUGCUUCCAUCAGAGGAGCAAAAGCUGGAUCUCAGGAAAACUGCAGUGAACUUUAUGCCUCUGUGAACAAGAACCAUCACAAAUCAGUCAAAUAAUGACACAAAAACCACAUGAGCAGAAGAAUAUGAAUCUAACAGAACUGAGUCCUAAUGGUGUCAUUCAGUGCCAUUAUAAAUACUUUCAAUGUCUUUUACAUGUUCACAAACAAACCCAAGUGAUGCUCUGAUUUAUUUGUAGUUAUUGCUUAUUUUUCUCAGUUCAGCAUGUUUUUUGUAUAGUUUCUGUCUGCUUGUUGAUCACUUUUACUCUCUCAGAUCAUUUUCAUUAAAUCAUGUAUUUUCUCCAGCGGUUAAUUAACUGUCAGAGCAGCUGCUUUCAGCAAUGCUUGUAAUAUUAUAUUUUAUUUGUCAAUAAUAAAAUGG